AUAUCUGUAAGAUUCGGACACGCGACAACACGAUACUUUUGCUCGCUAUUCAACUAUUUAAAUUGAGAAAAAAAAUUCGCGACUUUGGUUACUUUCCAUUAUUUGUUUUAAAAUUUACGAUCAUCUCGUAAAAUUGUCAGCAUUCUUCUAGUUUUUAUUAAACUGUGAAUUUUUUGUUUUUAUAUUUUUAAGAAACAAACUGUGAUAUUAAAAUUAAUUGAGAAUGUCACCAAAUACGAGCUCAGGAAAGAUUGUUAAUCCUAAUGAGUAUCUUGAUAUUCCAAAAUGGAUAAAUGAGGAUUAUUUCUUGCCCAUCUUGGAGAAAGAUGUAAACGAUUUUAAGUGCAUUACAAAGUUUACGCCUAUUGCUGCUACAGCACCGGGCGAAAAUUAUACAUCGAUAAUGGUGCGUGUUAUAACUGAUGUCGAAUUAAAAGAUGGCAGUUCUCAAGAAGUUUCAUAUAUUUUAAAAACUGUUUUGGAUGCUAGCAAUAGUGGUGCAGCUUUUGUAACCGCCAUGAAUCUCUUUCCCAAAGAAAAACAAAUGUAUGCCAAUUAUAUACCCAAAUUUGAAGAACUCUAUAAAAAUUUAGGAAUGGAAAUUAAAUUGGGACCCAAGUGUAUAUAUUUUGAUGAAACCCCUGAAAAGAUCACACUCGUAAUGGAGGAUUUAAAACGUAAAGAUUUUGGAAAUAUUGAUCGUUUAAAAGGUUUCGAUAUGAAUCAUAUGAAAAUUGUACUACAUAAAUUGGCUGAAUUUCAUGCAGCUUCUGCUGUGUAUGAGGAAUUAAAUGGACCUUAUGAAUCUAUAUAUAAUGCUAGCUUUUUUACAGAAGCAAAUCGUCCCAUGUUUGCUGCAUUAUAUGAACCACGUUCUGAAUUGUUUAAGAAAGCUUUACUGGAAUGGGGUUUAGAAGAUGUUGAAAGAUAUAUUGAUCGAACACCUACAUUGGAUGAAUACUUUGAUGAAAAUGUUUUCUUGAAUACCCCAAAGUCAGAUGAAUUUAAUGUUCUUAAUCAUGGAGAUUGUUGGUCCAAUAAUAUUAUGUUUACCCAUGAUGAAGAUGGUAAUGUUAAAGAAUCUUUAUUUGUUGAUUUUCAAAUUUGCAAAUGGGGUUCACCGGUUCAAGAUCUUUGGUAUGUGAUUUCAACUUCUGUCAGUUUGGAUAUAAAAAUUAAAGAAUUUGAUCAUUUCAUACAAAUAUAUCAUACACGUUUGAUGGAAUGUCUUAAAAUGCUUAAAUAUUCUAAAGCAUUCCCUUCGCUCAAAGAACUUCAUAUUAAUAUGUUGAAGUACGGUUAUUGGGCUGUAUUUACUGCUAAUACUAUAUGUCCGGCUAUUUUAUUUCCCUCGGAUAAAGAUGCUAAUAUGGACAAUUUUAUGAAACCUGGCCCAGAGGGUGAUGCAUUCCGUUUUAAAUGCUUCACAAAUCCCAUUUACGUAAAAGCUAUGCUGCAAUUUUAUCCAUUCUUAGAUAAUAAGGGCAUUUUUGAUAUAACGACGAAAAAGAAUUAAAAUAUGUAAUUAAAAAAAUUUUUUUUAGAAAAUGUACAAAUUAUAAAUCAGGAGUAAACUAUACAUUUGUAUUAAAUUAUAAAAAUAUAAGUUGUAUAUAGAAUGUUAUAGAAAAAUAUGUAAAAUAUAUUUAUUG